UCUCCGCCCCGAGUUCGGCUAUAACAGAAGACGAUCAGACAGCCGAUUGGCUAUAGCCCCGGCACCUCGUCUGAACUACCUUAUCUGUACUUACUCCGUACUGUACCACACUGGAUCCGCAGCAUCCUCUCUAGGUCCACUGCGACGUCAAAAGAAGGGCGGGCGGGGUCGAUGGGACUUGAUCGGUUCAUCCCAUGAUUCCCAAUCCCAGCCAUAUUUCCAUAUAUCUCGGGCUCCAGUCCCCUUUUUGUUGCCCACUUCGCCGACGACACCUCAUUAGCUUUGCUGAGAGAUCACCACAGAACACCGUCGUCUAGGUACGAAAGCCGAUACUCAACAUGGCCUCUGAACAGAUUGUCUUCUUCGACCUGCGGAGCAAGGAGCCCAACAGCUGCUGGUCGCUCAAUCCUUGGAAGACGCGUCUGCUGCUGAACUACAAGGGCUUGGACUACCGAACGGAAUGGCUUGAAUACCCCGAGCUGAAGGGCCGUUUCGAGAAGCACGUCCCCGCGCAGGAAGGUUCCAUGCCCUACACCAUCCCGACCAUCCUCCUCCCUUCGUCGGGGGAGUACGUCAUGGACUCGAAGAAGAUCGCGCAGCGGCUCGAGUCGCUGCACCCGAGCCCGCCGCUGCACCUGGACGCACCCGUGCUCGCCAAGCUGGAGGAGAUCCUGUCGCAGCGCUUCUUCCCGCCCCUGCGGCCGAUCCUGCUGGACCGCGUGCCCAAGCGCAUCCUCAGCGACGCGAGCAUCCCCUACUGGGUGCGCACGCGGUCCGCGAUGGUGGGCAAGCCGCUGGACGAGUUCUGCGCCGAGCACACGCACGAAGAGUGUUUUGCGAAAGCGGAGCCGGCCAUCAGGGAGGUUACCGCGCUGCUGGUGGAGAAUGAGGCGGGGCCUUUCUUCCUCGGGGAGGAGGUUAGCUAUGUGGAUUUUGUGUGGGCGGGGAAUUUGUAUUUCUGGCAGCGGAAUGGUGAGGAUGUGUUUGAGGAGUUGUUGCGGCGGAGCGGUAAUGCCGAGGCGCACCGCAAGUUGUUAGAGGGCGUGGCGCCGUGGGCGAAGAGGGAUGCUGAGUGAAGGGGGGGUGUCAUUCUCAUUCUCAUUGUUGUAACUGAACUGAAUCCAGGGGACUUGAUACAAAUGAACGAAUGAAGCGAGGACGUCUGUCUGUGAUAAUCCAUUUUGUUUCGAAUUCCUCCUAUCAGAGUCAGAGACAACUGAGAGUACUGUCAAAGCAACAACCCCUGCCUAAACGACCGCCACCAACCCGCCUUCUGCGGAGCCUCAUACCCGUCGGGUACCACCGUGUCCUCGCUGCUGCUGCUGCUGCUACUGCUGCUGAUCCCUCCUUGUUGUCUCAGACCAUCAUUCCACACAUCGUCGACGUCAACACCGUCCC